AUGUCUGUCUACGCCGCCAUGCCUCAACAAUCAGCGUACAUGUACGCUGUACCCCAGCAGGCCGCUCCUAGACAAUACUCUACCCACGGCACAAGUAGCGCCUUUAGCUCCUCUGCUCUGCCCGACGAGGACUGGACCAAGAUCUCCGACUUGGCCGAGCGCCGCAGAAUCCAGAACCGCAUUGCUCAGCGCAACUACCGCAAGAAGCUCAAGCGCCGCCUGGAAGACCUCGAGCGCCGCGCUGGCUCCUCCGACGAUGGCGAGACUGACAAGAACUCCGUCACCAGCCCUUCGAGCACCUCGAGCACCUCCAACAAAGUCACCAAGCGCAGCUCGGCCAGCAAGUCACCCAAGGCCGCCAAGGCCACCACGACCGCUGCCAUCUCCAUUCCCGCCAAGCCCGUUCACCCGUACUCGCCCUCGCUCGACGGCUCCGACGACUUUUGCUUUGCCGGCUCCUUUGACGACCGCGAGCGUGGCCCCUCGCCGCCCUUGUUUUCCCCAUACACUCCCUAUCCGGCCCCCGAUGAUCUGCUUCUCCAGCCUUACGGAGCCACGCAGCCAUACCCAACCAUCAGCGCCGGCGAACCCUACUCGGCCAGCUACAUGACCUCGUCGCUGCCCGGGGUCAUUACCUCUGCCACCCACUUCACCGACCCCUGGAAGCGCGAGAGCUUUUCCGGCGACGACGGCCUUGGAAGUUACUUCAACUACUCGUUUGGCCCCUCGGCGCUCGACAUGAGCCACUACGGUGCUUCUCCCAACGCUCCCAACACUCCCCCUCUGUCGCAUUCGUUUGAGUCUGCGACGUGUUCCGAGACUGGCUUCGAGUACCCAACCACGCCGCUUUCCAUGCCCGGUUCGCCCGGCAUGAUGGGUCCUCUCUCCCAGUAA